AUGUCCAAGAUCUGUUUGUACAACUGCCUCCAUGGCUCCUCAAUGCAUGCUACAGGCUAUGGGGAACUGUGGAUGGGCUGGGACACCACUUCUGAGUUAUACCAGUUUGGCUGCACGUGCACCAGCAACAAAAAUGAUUACUCGGCAAAAACUGUUAUGGGGGACUGGAAUGAAGAGCGAUGCGAUAUCCAGAGAACUGUGCAGCCCAAGGCACUUCCUUCCCAGUAUACUCACUGCUUUGAAACAACAUAUUCUUCUGAUUACAGCAUGGGAAAGCAUCAGAGAAUAAAAAGAUUUGAGAGAGAACACUGGUUUCCAGGCCACCACCCUGAGAUGGAACCUCCUUCGUUCAACCCAGCAGCUCAGUCCUGCCACACAAUAGACUCCGUAUGGCAGCAUUUUCUUUGCUUGUGUCCAACACUCAGAGAAGAAACACAAAGGAUGCAGGAAAAGCAAGAGAGAUGAAAAGAAUGUGCAGGCUAUGCCUUCAGAAAAACAGGAGGCCUGUCUGCUAUCAGUGCUACAGGGAUAUCCUUCACGC